AUGUCAGGUGGUGGCUCUCCCGAAGUCGCCCGCCAGAGCACGGUCCGGGUGCCAGUUAGCCAUCACCACCACCGCAAGCAACCUCCACCGGCCAUGUUCUCUCCUGCGCUUGGGAGAGCGUUCCGCUCGACCAGCGCCAUCGCGGCCACGCCGGCCAGCGCCGUCAGUCGCGCUGCGAUCGGCACCGCGCACCAGCCGUUCCGCCCACAGCGGCGCCUAUCGUCGUCGAAGCCUUCGCCGCCGCCGGACAACUCCAAGGCGAAGCGCCCGACCGAGAACGGCGCGGAAGAGCUGAAGGCGGCGGAGAAGAAGACGAGGCGGAGCAGCAAGUCCAAGGCCGCCAGCGCGUCUGCGCCCGCGGCUGCGCGCAACAUCCCGUUCGUGAAGCCGACCGCCCACCUGACCGAGCACCACCUCGUCCUGUCCGCGCUCUUCUCGCAGCACCGCCCCAUGGCGCUCAGCCCGGCCGCCGAGCAGUCGGUGCCCAUGCCCGCGUCCAUGGCGCAGUUCGAGGCCGUCUUCCAGCCGCAGCAGCGCAGCGAGUCCGACCUGAUCGUCACCACCCACAAGACCCUGGCCGACUUCAUCCAGGGCGUGCAGGCCUCGGCCGAGCACUACGAGGCGCUGGAUGCGCUCGAGGAGGCCGCCGAGGACGCCUUCCACCUCGACAGCUUUGCCCCGCCGCAGCCCGAGUCGCUCGAGAGCUACGCCUUCCGCCCGCCGCCCGCGCCCGUGCCCUUCGACCCGCUGGCCGCCGAGGAGGAGGCCACCCUCCCCACCACGCACAGCGGCCGCUCGAAGACGUUCCGCGAGCACGUGCGCAGACGCCGCAGCGGCAUGCUGCUGAUCAGCGUCAAGAGGCAGCGCAAGCUCAAGAUGAAGAAGCACAAGUACAAGAAGCUCAUGAAGCGGACGCGUCUGCUGCGAAGGAAGCUGGACAGGUUGUAGUUGGUGCGAGUCGGCGUUUUGACAAUCUCCUACUCUACAUACAUGUUCUCAGGCAUUUUCUGGUGCACGCCAGCAUAGAUUUGGGCGCGCGGCGACCGUGCCCGCCUUUCCGUUUCCAAUACCAGCACGCAAUCCUCAUAUCACGCGCGUUCCAGCUUUGCAUCGUGUUUCCGCCCGCAAUUUCGUCGAGAAACUUCACAUUAACCACGCGUGUAGCAUUCGUCCACGAGCGAAACGCAUUGACGCAGCGUUGGCGCAACAGCGGCUGCGGGUGUCAUGUUGCCUUAUGAAACCCGGCUGCAACGCACACCGAGUGAGGCAGGCACGGCAACCCCAACACUAGCCUCGAUGCCCCACCCGCUUUCCUAACUCGGCUAUCUCCUCAGGCGUACCAAAGUCGCAGCCUAUGGCCAUCA